AUGGAACCAGGGGCUCGCCCGUCCCACCCCAGAGGGGACCCCUCAGCACCCAAGUCCGACGCGGCGCACUGUCAGCUCCGGGACUUCAGGCCUCUGCUGCCUGGGCUGCACCCUGAGGAGCCGUCCCACACCUUUCUUCAGGUUCAGCCCGACACAAAGGCCAUGCCCCUGGGUCAGAGGAGUGAGCUCUGGAAGCUGGAGGAAGACCCAGUCCCGGCCCAGGGCCUGGUGGAGGCACAGCUGUCGGGGGCUGGGGAGGACGAGGUCCCCCGCGCCCCCUCCUCCUCCUCCGCCUUGGCCUCCUCCCAGUCCGCCGCCCCAUCUGGCUCCUGCUCUGCCCUGUUUCUAGUCCCCUCGGAGGAGGGGUCUGCUGCUGGGUUCCAGAGUCCUCCCCAGAGCUCUCUGAGUGCCUGUCCCUCCCCUACUGCCCCAGCAGCCACUGCUUGGAGGCAGCCUGACCCGGGCUCCAGCAGCUCCGAUGAGGAGGGGUCAAGCCCCUGCGAGGAGCCCGACGAAGCCCAGCCAGGGCUCCAAAAUAUACUCCAGGGGAAGCUGGCCGACCUGGUGGAGUUCCUGCUCCUCAAGUAUCACACCAAGGAGCCCACCAGCCAGGCAGAGAUGCUGGAGGUCGUCGGCAAGGAUGCCCAGGAUGCCUUCCCUGUGAUCUUCGGCCAAGCCUCCGAGUGCUUGCAGCUGGUCUUUGGUAUGGAUGUGAAGGAAGUGGAGCCCAGCGACCACUCCUACAUCCUGGUCCCCGUCCUGGGCCUCACCUAUGAUGGGAUGCUGAGCGGUGAGGAGGGAGUACCCAAGACCGGCCUCCUGGUGGUGCUCCUGGGAGUGAUCCUCCUGCAUGGCGACCGUGCCCCCGAGCAGGAGGUGUGGGAAACGCUGGGGGUCAUGGGGGUGUAUGCCGGCCAGGAGCACGUCCUCUAUGGGGAGCCCAGGGAGCUCCUCACCAAGGUCUGGGUGCAGGAAGGGUACGUGGAGUACCAGCAGGUGCCCGGCAGCGACCCUGCCCGCUACGAGUUCCUGUGGGGUCCCAGGGCCCACGCCGAAACCAGCAAGUUGCAAAUGAUGGAGUAUUUGCUGAAGGUGACUCUGAGAUUGCGCUUCCUGAGGCCGAGCCAGAGAAGGCGUGUGUACCUGUCAGCCGUCCCCAGCUGGGGCCCUGCUGUCUGCGGUCGGGCCGUCGGAGCAGAGGACAGACGAGCAGAUGACGGCGGUGGUCCCCGGGACGCUCCCCCACACACACCCCAGACACCCCCAGACUCAAAUGAGGAGUCUGAAAGCAGCCGAGCAGGAGGGGCCUUCGGGUUCCCGGGCGGCAGGCUGUGCCGAGGCUCGGCUGCCCUAGGAGCCGUGGAAGGAGGAGCACCCCCGCCAGAGCCCAUCUGGACUAACCUGCGCUGA